AUGGUUGAAAAGCAUCGAGUGAUGCCAUGUCUUGAGUCAAAUUAUGAGAAGCUCAGGGGUGAGGCACAGAUAGUUCAAGGAGAAGUAUUAAAAUUGGAGCGUAAGCAUAUGGAGCUCGCGGAAAAAUUUGUGCAAGGAUCAGUGCGAGAAGGCGGCCCAAGUCAACGCCAUAUCCAAGAGUUUUUACGAAAAAAUAAAGACUUGGCGGAUAGAAGACUGAUGAAAAUUGCGCAAUUUGAGAUGAUGUGGCAGAAUUAUGAGAACAAGAAAAAGAAAAUGAAUGCGCACUGA